AUGGCAGAUGGGGCUCAGGCCAACCCCAGAGAGUUCAGGAAGAAGGGGCUGGUUAGACACCCCUCUGGGUGGAGGGGCCCGAGCCUCAGGGCCUCUUCUCCUUUGAGAAACUCCAGGUCCUACCUGGGGAUGAAGACGUUCAUCACCAUCACAUCCUGGCCAGCUGUGGUGACUGAAGUCCUGCCCACGGCCCACAGCAGCCUGCUCAACCUCAGGUCCGUGGUGGAAGCCAACACAGGGAGGAACGCCAUCUUGUCCUUCGUGGGCUACGGCUGCUACUGCGGGGUGGGGGGGCGUGGCCUGCCCAUGGAUGAGGUGUACUGGUGCUGCCAUGUCCACGACUGCUGCUACCAGAAGCUCUUUGACCUGGGCUGCCACACCUAUGUGGACCAUUACGACUACACCAUCGAGAACAACACUAACAUUGUCUGCAGCGAGCUCAACCAGACGGAGGGUGACCAGCAGACGUGCGAGUGUGACAAGAGCGUGGUCCUGCGCUUCCAGAAGCAGACGUACAGGGAGGAAGGAGCUUGGAACUACCUCAACAUCUACCGCCAGAGCCCGCCCAACUGCAGCAUCUCCGGGCCACGCCCCCCGCCCCUCCCUAGCGCCCUCUGGGGGCUGACAGAGAGGAGGGUUGGAGGUUCCGGUCCUGGGGACCAGCCAGAUGGAGCAGGUGGAGGUGGGGGCAGGUCGGGGGCCCCUGGGCUGCCCUCCUCCCUGGAGCCCUCCAACGAGACUGGCCCCAGAGGACUCAGAAAGGCCGGGGCCCUGGUCACCUGGCUCCUCCAGCCCAGACCUGGGUGUGGCUUCAUCCUGGACGUGGCAGGGGGCAUGUGCCCUGUUGGGGUCUCUCCCGAGUGUGGAAGGCAAGACCUACGAAAGACUGGGGGCCUCUGA